GCAGCUCAAGCAGGCCGGAUCCAGCGCCGCUUUUGCUGUGGGAUUGGCGUUAAGAGAACGCGCGCUUGUUCGUCACCGAUCCUCUCUGGAGUUCCGGUCCUCCGUUUGUUAGAUUCCAAGGCACCCCCCCCCCCAAAUGAGCCGGCUGUCGAAUGUCGAAUGUCUGCCCCGAGCUCGCCUUCGUGGGUGUGUGUCCUGUCAUACGGCGUUUCCCUCCCCCCCGUCCCCCAUUCCAUCCCGCCACGCCUGGUCUAGUCUCGAGCCAGACUCCCCUGGUUCUGUCUCUUGCCUCCUGCCUUUCUGUGUGCUCUCGUCCGUAUCCCCCGUCUCCCCCCCGGUCCCGUCCUUGUCAUCCCAUGUCUGGUUGAACCCAGUGUCAUACAUCCACCCCCCUCUAUACCGGCUGUUCUAUCUGACCUUGGACUCUGCCGUUGAGCCUCCGGCUCCAUGGCCCUUCAUCCCCUCCGCUCGGCCAUGUCCACCAAUACAAACGAUGAUAGUCGCUCCUCGGCAUAUGCAUCUGGUUUGCUCAGUCCUUUCUCUGAUCAAUCGAAACUCGUCUGUAGGCCAAUCCGAGCCUUGGUUGCUUGGUCAAUUGCUCCAGGGAUCACCCCAUCGGCCUUGCCAACCGACAUUCUUUUUAGUCUAUGCCCACGCCGGGAGGGCGGGCGAGGGCCCUGUCACCAUGGAGGCUAGGCCAUCGUCGUCUCCGUCAUCAUCACCACAUCCUAUCUCUUCCCGGCUUCAAGCGGGGUUGCGAAGAGCUGACGAAUAGAGUCAGGAUGUCUUAUCCUGCUCGAGCUCGUGAUGUUGGCCGAUGGCCGGCCGGGGGGGGGAUCUUUGGAAAAGUAUAAAAGGGGUCGUCGUUGACGGGGUCUUCAAGAAUUCUUCUUCCUCCUUUUCUCAUCACUUUUCUUCUGCUCCUCAGACUCCAGACCCAAGAACUCC